AUGGAUCUCAACCUACUCACAGAAAAUGGUCUUGAUCCGAACAGCCCACUUUUAGCGCAAAUCCAAGCUAGAAUCACCGAGCAAUACACGAAACAACUGAAUGAAUUGACCUUAGAACACAAGGAAAUUGAUGAACGGACAAAGAAAAUUACUGAAGAAAGAGAAGUGUUGGGUGUCAAUCUGUACAAUACCCAGCAAAAAUUAGUGAAAUUACAAGAACAAGUGGACAAGGGACAUGAUACGCUGAUCAUGACUACUCAAAUAAGAGAAGAAAUGGAACGAAAGAGAACUGAGCAAUUACAAAUUGCGCUUUUGAGAAGGCAAGAAGUGGAUGAAAAACGAAAAAAGCUGUACAAAUUCCAAGAGGAGCUUGAAAAGUCGCAACAGACAUUAAAAAUGUUGCAAAACGCUCAUGAGAAAACAAAGCGUGACAUUGCUAUUAAAAAAAGAAAGACUCAUAAAAUUGAAAAAGAAAUGGAAGAUGUAGAAAAACAAAAGAAACAUCAAGACUUUAGAAUCGAUCAAAUGAUAGAUAGAAUUAGAAAGUUGAAAGAUCAACAUCAAGAGUAUGAGGAACUUCACAAAGCUCAAAAAGAGGAAUAUAAAAUUGCCAGUGAGACGCUUGCAGAAGCAACCGCUGAAAUGGAAGCUCUUGAGUUUGAAAAGAAGAGGCUUGUUCAACAAUGGAAGAGCAGUAUUAUUGGAAUGCAACGACGAGAUGAAGCUCUGAAAGCCACAGAAGAAGGUUUAAGAAAGCAGAAGGAGCAAGUAGUUGAAAUUUUGAACGAAAUCGAGGGCUACAAAAAUUCUAUCAACGAACAGAAGGAGAGACACGAACAACUUACAUCAAUUUUGAUCAAACAAGAAAACGAACAAGUUUACCUCGAAAAACAAAUUUUGGAUAAUAAUUCAAGCUUGGAAAGCAAACAAACACAAUAUAUGCAACUCAAAAACACACUCGACAAAACCGAUCAAGAAAUUGCUAAGGAAGAGUUGAGCAUCCAAAAAAUUAGGAAAGACAUUGACGUUGUCGAUAAAAAGAUGGCUAACAUGAGCAACGAAAUUAGGGUUCUAGAAGAAAACCUUUUGAACCUGUUCAGCGAAAACACUACUAUCAAGAAAGAUUGUCAAAAUACUCUCAAAGAUAUUGAAAAAAAGAAAAAUGAGGUGCUAGAAAAAGAGGUAGAAAUCUCGCAGAUUGAGAAUGAAUUGGCAAGAAUAACCAUUGACAAGCUGCAAACUCAAGAGCAGAACAAGCAAUUAGAGCAAGUCUUGAAAGAGCUAGAGUCAGAGCUGAAACAAAAAGAUGGUCUUAUUGAAAAGUAUGAAAUAGAGAUUAGAAGAAAGAAUGACGAAAUUGAAAAGAAGCAAAACGACCUUGACAAGUUGAACAGACUUAUGGAAAAAAUUCUGUGCACUCAACAAGACGAGAAUCAAGGCCCUCUUGAAGCAACCAUCAAGAAUAUCACCAAAGCAAUUGAGGCAAAAGAAAAAGAAAGCGAGCAGUUAAAGAAGGAUUGGAUACGAUACCAAAGUGAACUUGUAAAACUAAUGAACAGAUCCGAGGAGUUGUCUGACGAGAUUAAAUCCAUCAAGAGCAAACAAACAAUUUUGUCGCAACGAAAGGGAAGAGUAGACGCUGGAGCCAUUCGAGAAAGAAACCAAAUUAAGGAAUUAACUUCUGAGAUGCAAUCCAUGCACAAAUUACUUGAAAGGUUAAAUAAGAAGAUUUCGUCAAACUAUCUUAUUCAGAACUCUCUAGCUGAUGUCAAUUACGAUCUUGAAAACAAAAUUUUGGACAGGCUCAAGGCAAGUGAACGAGAAGCCUAUUCUCUAGAGAGCAAGAUUGAAGAAACUAAAAAUCAAAAGCAAGCAAUCUUGAAUGAAAUGGUAGAUGUAGAACGACAAAUAUUGUUCUGGGAAAAGAAAAUCGAAAUUCAAAAAGAAAUUCAAGAGGCUUUAGAUCCAACCGUUGGUCAAGAAGAAAUAACAAGAAUGAAGAAAGAAAUUCACCUAAUGGAACAACGACUUGCAGAUCUUAAACGAGAACAAAAGCGAAAAAUUAUGGAAAUGGAGAAAGCCAUUGAGAAGCGCGAUUUGAUUUUAACAAAAGGAAGAGUAAUUCAAUCCAAAAACACAACAAAUACCAAAGCAAACAUUCAGAGAGAAAUUUCGUUCCAACAAUCAGAGCUUGCCAAAAAAAAGAAGAAAGCUGCUGAGGCCUUCCAAGCGAUCAAACAUCAUCAGAACGCUGCUGAGCAAUGUGGUCGUGCAAUAGAAGAGGCCAAAGACAGAAUUAACGCUAUAAAGGAUGAGAUGACACUUCUCCAAGAAGAAAUACAGACACUGUCAACACAAAAGACAAAGAUUGGAUAUGAUAGAGAACGUCUGAAAAAGCUUGUAGAAAAGUGUCAAGCCAUUCUGAAAGGGUCCUUUAAGAAGACGCCAGAACUGAAUCAAGAAUUGGAAGGUCAAAAGGAAACAACUUCCAAGAUUGUGAAUAUUGUAACGAAACUUAUUUCAGAAUAUCCUGAAUACACCCAGAGUUUCCAGGUAGUUCUACAAGAAUAA